GGCGACGUGGAGCUGCUGGUGGUUGUUGGAGGGGGCGCCUUAUUGUGACGGGAUCAGGCAAGGAAGGGGAUUAGGGGCAGCGGGGGAGCGCUCCUCCCGCCCGGACGGCACCAUGAGCUCCCUGGGUGGGGAGACCUCGUCGUCCGACCCCGCCUCUCCGCCCCCGCAGGACGACGGCAUGAUGUGGUGGUACCGUUGGCUGUGCCGGUUGGCCGGGGUCAUGGGGGGCAUCUCUUGUGCGAUUUCUGGCCUCUUCAACUGUAUCACCAUUCACCCACUCAACAUUGCAGCCGGCGUGUGGAUGAUGUUAAAUGCCUUCAUCUUAUUUUUGUGUGAGGCACCUUUCUGUUGCCAGUUCAUUGAGUUUGCAAACACAAUUGCUGACAAGGCUGACCGACUGAGGCCUUGGCAAAAGGCUAUCUUCUACUGUGGGAUGGCAGUUUUCCCCAUUUUCAUCAGCCUGACUCUGACCACCCUCCUGGGAAAUGCUAUUGCCUUCUCCACAGGCGUGCUCUAUGGACUUUCUGCACUUGGCAAAAAGGGUGAUGCAAUUUCCUACGCAAGGAUCCAGCAGCAGAAGCAGCAGGCAGAUGAGGAGAAACUGACGGGGACCCUUGAAGGGGAGCUGUGAGCAUCUGGCCCAGGAUUGGGGCCUUCCUUUGUAGCCUCAAGAUGAGCCUUUCUUCGCUAGUUCCAGUUUCCUGGCCCUCACACCUUCCAUUUCUGUGGGAGGACAGACACUUGGUCAAAGUGGAGUGGAGAGGACAAGGACUAUGCAUCAGCACACGGCAGCUUUGAGAAAAUCAUUUAAGUAGGAACUCUUGCCCAACGCCUGGCAUAUUGUAAGUGCUUGAGAAACACUAAAUCAGAUGUUCCUGCCUCUCCAUCUUUCUCACCUUAUCCCUUGAAGACACACUUGCAUCCUCCACCUGAUUUGCAUCUUUUGACCUGGAUCUGCCUGAUGACUCUAGGCCAGCCAGGGUUGAAGUUAACAAGGCCUGUGGCAGGCACUACAGAAGAUUGGAGCAGAAAUCACGAACCACAAGACAGGUUUGGAAGAUGAGUCCUGUGGAGGAAGUUUGGCUGCCCAGCUUCCUGGGACCAUGAGUUCUUCGGUUGGAAAUGGAGCAGAGCAGGCGACCUCUUUCACACGUGCUGCCCUUCCAGACUGGUUUGUGACUGGCUGCCAGAUUGACUUUUAUAUUUAAUGUAUUUUGGAAAUUAUCUAAUGAUCCAGUAGGGAUGUGGGAGUAAACAUGGCUUCCUCAUUUCCACCACAGGUCUGAAACAGUCUUUCAUCCUUGUUCUUCAGAGGUAGAAGAUGCCGUAGAUUCUGGCCUUGCUGUAUAGGUCACGGGGCAAAACGUCCCCAUUACAUCUGUUGCCAUCAAACUGACAUUCAAGACAAUUUCUGAAUCAGGGACGAAGUAUGGUUCAGUGAUGGCAGGGGCUGCAUUUCAAGAGGCCAGAGUCUGAUAUUCGACCUGCCUUCACUAGGAGUCAGGCCUGGGAGGUCAGGGCCCGAGCUCUCUGUGGACAUGAGGCAUCCUCUUGAUCUGGGGCCUAGCUUAGCCUCCUAUUUCUUCCUCUUUGCCUCUUGUCCCUCCAUUUCCCCCACCUGCUGUGUCAAGUUGUAGAACUUUGAAAGCUCUGGAUCCUUAUAAGCUAUUUGUAAAGGACACUGCAGGUUCUCUGAUCACCUCUUCUUUAUAUCUCACUUGGGAUGCAAAAGGCUUUGGAGUGAAAAGAUAGAUGAGCUUAUUAACAUGUGAGAUGUUUCUCCUCCCAGUAGCUCCUUUGACCCUACCCUGGUAGUGCUGGGGUCAGCUGGAGCUCAGGGCCAGGGUGACUGGUUAGGCCAUUGUGUUCCCCACAGACCUCACCAUGCUUCAGGCCCAGGAAGGUUCUCGACUGGUUCCCACAAGAGGGAGAAUAACCUGAAACCGUUGCAGGAAUGAUGGGGGAAGAGCAGCCCCAGUGAUGUUCCCUGCAAUUUCCAUGGAAUUUUGUGCAGAUCGCUCUGCAUGCCGUUCUACCUGCCACUUGGUGAUCUCCCAUUGGCCUUUCAGGGCCAGAGGGUGACCAAGCUCUGCUAUCAGCAGGAGGUGCUUGGUGCUGAGGUGUACAGAGAAGAAGCACUCCUGAGCCUCCCUCUGGGUGAGCCCAGAGCAGGGGCUCUGACACAGGUCUUCCUCAGUGACCCAGGUGCGACAUGUGGGGGCAAUAGCUCAGGUCAAUUUAGAACUGACCAGAAUAGAACCUUUCUCCGUGGGCUGUUGGACUGUAGUUUUGGAUUCAGUAUCUCUCAAGAUGGAUCUAUCUUCCAGACCUAUGGGGAUGUGGGCAGAAAUCAUACCAACUGAUUCCGAAACCCAAAGUCCCUACUUCCACCCUCCUUUCUCAAAUGUCUGCCCUUGCUGUUCUUUUCCAUAUUGAGAUAUAUUCCCCCCACUCCACCUUUUCUUCCUCCAAGCCUUCCAGCCCAGUGAAUCAUCUCGUAUGAGCUGCAGUAGAGAUGUAGGUGUCCGGUAGUGAAUCUAGGGUGAGAUAGCUCAGUGCUUGGUGUACUGCCCCAAAUUAAAGGCAGAGGUGGUGGUUUUGGCCUGAGGCCUCUCCACAUUGUGGCAUCAACGUCUGUCCCAGAUUGGGAUCUGGGCAUGGAGAGGAAGCACACGUUAGAAACAUUUCUUCUGACACAAGCUAUUUGCUUCCUGGACUGCUCACUAAUCUCAUUUGCCACCCUUCCUUUUCAUACAUAUCUCCUCCAGUGCCUGUGACUUCAAACUACACAUUACUCCAAAUAAUCAUUCAAUCUUUAUGCAAUGGUCUGAUCUCAGCUGGUGUAAAAGUUUUGCUUGAUCCUGUCCUAGGCUGGGACAAGACUGACCCCCUCUGGAGUUCCUUCGGUCAUUGGCCCUGAAGGACUUCCAGGGUUGCUGCUGAAUGGGAAGUGCUAGAAGACAGCCCAGCCAAGGCAUGAAAUGGACCUGUGCACUUCGGUGUGCCAGAUUGGCUUAGGAGGUGUAGGGAUGGGGUUGGGGAGGUGGAUUCUUUAUUGAGUCCUUUGCUAAUAUUUAGAAGAUUUUACCUUGUGGGAAGGUGUUUCACAUCUUCCUUUCUUCUUGCUGCAGUUUUAAUUACUUUACUGAUUCCAGGUAGAUCUGGGAGUUAGGUGUGGAGAACAGACUUUCUCUGCCACCUUCCAUCCCUCAAGGGCUUUGGACUUAGCUUGUGAGAGUACAAACCGUUUGGGAGCUGGACUCCCAAACUGAGCCGUUGUGUGUGUCUCUAGAAUUUGUACCCCAGACUUCCCCACUGGCACGGUCAUUGCUCACUUGAAUUCACCCUGACCUGGAAUCUUUGGGGUUUGUGGCUGAGGUUACUAUUUUGUAUUUUUUAAGACAAUGACCUAACUGACCUCUGCCUGUUUGUGUCCUGUGGCCGAGUUGGCUCCUUCCAUCACUCGUCAGUGUCCUUAACUGACAUCCAGGCCAGUGAUGGCAGCAAUCAGCAUUUAUUAGUCCCUAGGGGAUACAAGGACCUAUCACUGUUAAAAAUCUCAGAACAACUAGUGUAGGCCCUUGUAGUGGGCCAGACCUUAUUCCUUCCUGGGUGCAAAGGGAUUGAUGAUCCCUAUGUAAUGUUUUAUGUCGGCUAUCAGAGGCCCAACUAUUGUACAAGUGAAAACACUAGAGAGCUGGUGCAUCUCAAGCAAGAAAGAGUCAUAAUACUAUCUUAGAUAUCACACUAGCCUUAACCUUACAGGAGCCAUGUGACCAGAAAGGGUUGAGCAAUGGUUGGAUAUUAAACACUUCUCGUCGGGAGCUAUGGGCAUCCUGGGCAGUGUCACUAGAAGUGCAAAACUAGAUAAGUGAGGCAUUAAACGUUUUCUAGAAAAUGUUAGAUCUCCCCGUUGUCGUAGUCAUGGUAUGGUUGACUUUGUGGAAAUAGGUAAGCAUAUUAGUAUGGAACCGUCACUGUCCGCAGAGCCAGGCCAAGCUUAAUCACAGCAAGCUAUUUAAGGAUAAAAUGGAAUUUGGCUCUCUGGAGAAAGGCAUAUGUGUCUCAUAGGAGGUGGUAGCCCAUUUCUCUCUGGAGACAUCAUUUUUUUAGUUCAUGGAUCAUUACAAUGAUUCUCAGCCAUAAGUGACCCAAACAGGAUCUAAGGAGCAUUGUUGGAGUAGGCAGCAAAUACUUUCCUAUGCUUGCAGAAUUAUCCCAUCUUUUUGUGUGUGCAGUGAAUAAAAGACCAUUCUACCUCCUUACAGAGUAAAGUGGAGAUUUCUGUCUUUUUAAAAAACACAUUAAAAAAUCAAAUAAAAACUAAGCAGCAGGACUCCCACUACAGAGGGGUUGUAGUAUACGGAAGAAUCUGGUGGUGGAUCUGAAUGAUUCCCCUGUCAGGCGUACAUUUGCCUUUCUGGCCCCUUUGACAGUUUGUAUUGUCUGCCUGCCUAUAUAUUUACUACUGUAGCUCAGGCAGUUUCUCAGGGAAUCCAGGUGACAUUUAGGUUGAGUGUUAAUGACACCUCAUUCCUGUGCUUUGUUUGGGUUUGCUAGUGAAUACCAAAUCCCUGAGAAGCAGCCUUCGUAAGGUGGGCAGACACUAUCCUCGGGGGGUGUCGCUCAGAGUGUCCGUCUAAACCAAGAAAGGGGAGUGUUUGCUUUUCAGAUGUAGAGAUUUUGGUGCAUUGGUGCUUUGAAUCAGAAAGAUGGAAUUGGAAGGAACCUUUGAGCUCAUCUAGUUGAACUCUUUUUACAGAUGAGAUUGAGACCCAGAGGAGAGAUGUCCCAUAGAGCUUAUGACAAGAACCAAACCUAGUGCCCAGGUUUCCUGGCUUACAGGCCAGUGUUUUUCUCAUUGUACCAUAUUGUGUCCAGAAUAAAGGACAGAGGGAGUCCGAGGAAGAUCUGUCUAGCCUGAGCCACAAGGGGUUUUGCUUUAAACUUGAAUAUUUAUUUCUUCUUCCAGAAUUUUCUCUAUUAAUAAUCUAGAUUUUCCUUGUUUGGGUUUCCAGUGUAACUUGCAUUUUGAGCAAUAAAAUGUGGCAUUUGUCAGUA